CGCGCCGCACACGCCGCGGACCAAACAAAGGGAACAGCCGGGCGAGGCAACCGAGGCAAAGGCGCGGCGAGAGGAGAAAAGCCCGCAACAAAACGCCGAGAGGAGCCGGCCAAGCCGACGAAGCGACGAAGCGCAGGCACAGAGGGGGGCCGGGGCCAAGCACGAAGAGCCGCAAGCGGCGCCGGAGCAACCCGAAGACCCGCCGGGGACACCACGGGCCCCAAGAAGGCGACAGACGCAAGCCAAAACGCGCACGGGAGAACGGGCAGAAAGCCGCGGAGCGCGCAAAGGCGGGAGCACGAGCCGCAAAGGGGCGCAGGCGCACGCCGGCGCCGCGAGGAGACCAGGAGGGCAGCAAGGAAGACAAGGACAAAGAAAGCAAGGGAGGGCACGGGGCAGCAAGGCCAGGAAGGGGCAGGGGCAGGAGGCAACCCAAACGACAGCACCAAGAACGCAGAAGGGCCAGAACGAGGCCGAAAGGCGGCGGAGGGACGGCCGCGGCCCGAAGCCGCAACGGGGGGAGCCGGAGCGGAAAGCAAGCGGAGAAAAGACCACGGCACCCGGAAGCGGAGCAAACAAAGCAGCAAGACGAGGCAGGGGGGAACGGGGCGGCACCGGCACCGGGGGCAGCGGCCGGAGGCAAGACACAAGCGCAGAGGACCGGCCGGCGGCGGCACGAAGAGACGGGGGCACCCCAAGGCGAGACACGAGGCCGAAGAAGCCCUGACCCAAGAGAGCCGGAAGCGGAACACGGAGCGCCGUGAGCUCGCAGGAGCCAGCCGAUGGCGGAAGAGAAAGAGGCCGAGGACCGGGCGCAAGCGCAAGCGGAAAAGCAACAGCACGCGCGGGGGGAGGCCAGGAGAGCAGGAGGAAACACAGCGAGGAAGGCACGAACAACAGGAACGGACGCAACCGGAGAAACCGCCCGACGCACAGCACGGACAGAGGCCAAAGAGAGAAGCAUCCGCGAGCCACGAGCCGCCGAGCACGAAGAAAAGAGAGAACCCCAACGGGGGGCGACCACGAGAGCCCGGCCACACCACCGAGGAAGACCGGGAGGGCGAAGGAACGGGCGGAGAAAAGCAAGCGAAAACAGCGCGAGAAGGGGAGAACCAAGCCAGGCCCAGAAGCACAGCAAAAGCAACCAGGGCAAGCAAGAGAAGGGCAGCCCGGGGGCACGCCCCGGGAGAGGAACGAAGCAAGAGCGAAAGACCGAGCCACGACGAAAGACGCACCCACGGGGGCGACACACGAACGCGCGACCAGAGGCGCAGACAGCAAACGCAAGCGAGAGGCAGAGGAAACAGAAACAGACGAAAAAGGAGAGCCGGGAGCAAAGAAAGCCAAGGCGGGCGGCGGCAGAAGAACACGGACCGGGAGCACAGCGGCCGAGGCGCAGCAGCGGCGCGAGCGGAGCGGCAGAAAAGGGGCCGGGACGCCCCGACCCGGGGCAGCGGCGCGGCCCCCGAAGCGGCCGCCGCGGGGACCACCCCGGAGACCCGGGGACCACCCCGACGGGCCGGCCCGGGCCGCGGCCGCGAGCGGGAGGGGCGGGCGGAGGCCGAACGGCCGGGGAGCGGGGAAGGCGAACCGGCGAGGGGACACGCGCGGGCCCAAGGAGCGAACGCCCCACACGCAGAACACCCCGGGGACGGGCGACGGAGAGCGGGAGGCGGCGACCCCGGCCAGAAAAACCAGCGGGGAACGAGCGCGGCCCCGACGAGGACCGGCACGAAAACCAAGAGGGCGGGCGGAGCACCCGCCGAGGCCGGGAGAGAAGCCGGGAAGGGGCGACGAGACGGACCCGACGGAAACCGCGGCGGAGAGCGAGCAGAAGACGCGCGGGGGGGAAACGACGCCGAGCAGGCGAGCCGCCGGGCGAGCGCGCGGGCCGCGGCCCCCGGGGCCGCGCGACGGAGCGGCGCGAGAGGGCGGGCAGGGGCCACGACAGCCAGAAAGGAGCGGCCCGCGGAGACGAAAGACGGAGGCGCAAGCCGCAACGGGAGGCGCAAACCCCGAACAAAACAACGAACCCGCGCCGCCGCAGGAGGGAAGAGCAGGGCGGCAGGCCGGGAGAGCGCGGGGAAGCGGGCCGCAGACGCGGAGACGGGCAGGGAGCCCGGCGCGAACCGAGCAAACGGAGCGCGAGCGGAGCGCGGAGCGCCGGGGAAGAAAGCGGGCCAAGAAGGCCGCGGAAAACGCAAGCCAGGGGACCGGGGGAGACCCAGCGGCCGGGGCGCGAAGGAGGGACGCCACCACGGCCGGGCGGGACCGGCGAACGGGGAAGCGGGGAAGGCGGCGCCGCGCGACGCCACGAAACCCAAAGGCGGGAGCCGCGCGCGGCAAGGAACGAGAAACGCGGGGGCAGCCGCCCCCACGGCCCCGAGAAAACCGCGGCGGGAGAGGCGAAGAAACACCCCGAGCAGCGGCGGCGCCCGGAGGGGCAGGACGCCCGCCAAAGCGGCAGGCGGAACAACCGGGGCCGCGAGCGGCGGAACAACCGGGACCGCGGGGGGAGGCGGACCCGCGGGGACGGAACGGCGGGAGGGGGGCCGGCGGCAGACCCCCAAGGGCAGCGAGGAGCGGAACGAGCAGCGCCGGAGAGCGGGAGCGGCCACAGGCGCAGGCGGGGGCGGGGCGAGGCCCGGGCCCAGCGGGGCGGCGGGGCGGGAACGGCGGGGGCGCGAGCACCGGCGCCGGAGGGGGCGCGCGGGCCGGGGCGGGGCGGGAACGCGGGAACGACCGCGAGGGCGGCCGCGACCCCGAGCGGGGGCCCGACCACGCGGGCGAGCCAGCCCGAGAAAAGAGGGGACAAGGAAAAGGGCAGAAACCGAGAAGACAGACAAGGCACGACAGGAGACAAACGCAACACGGGCCGAAAGACAGCCGGGAGCCGCCCGAGGAGAAGGAACGGACGGCGCCGGACCGAGCGGCAGGACGCGACGAGACGGGAGCGCGGACAAGGGAGACCGACGAACCGGGGCGCGGAGACCAAGGGGCACGACCCGAGGACCAAGGCAGGAGGGCACCGACGAGAACCCGCCAGCAGGGAAGCCAACCCGGAACCCGGAACAACAAGGAAGGGGGCGGAGGGGAGAAAGGAAACAAGAGGAGGCAAAGAACAAGAGAAACAAGCGGACACAAACCAAAAACAGAGAGACAAAGAAAGAGCCCGCCCAGAACCGGGAAGGCACGAGGACAGAGCGACGACAAAAGGAGGACAAGGCCGAAAACCGGACAACAGAGCGGGACGGGCGCGAAAGGAAAAAGACAAGGCGAGAGAGACAGAGGGAGACGGAAAGAGGACAAAACGCCGGGGGCGCACCCCCGGCGCCGGAGAAGGCGACGCCAAGCGGAGCAACGCGGGCGACGAGGGCGCGGACCGGCAGCACAAAAGAGAGGCAGAGCGGAGCAGGAGGACCAAAACAACAGGGACCCAGGAGACAGCAGCGGCCGACGGAGCAAGAGAAGCAAAAGGAAACGGAAAGGCAAGAAAAGGGCACAGCAAGGGCAAAGAGGAGGAAAGGGGGGAGGGACACGAGCGGACAGGCAACAAAGACAAGCAAGCGAACGAACGCCGCCGGGCGCCCAGAAACCCGACGGGGACGCGCGGGCACAAGAAAAGAAACCACCGGCACGGACCCCCAGAAGCCCGGCAGAGGCACGGCAGGGGAAGGAAAAGAAGGGAGCGAGAAGGGCGAGCACAAGAGGACCAAAGGCCGGACGGGAACGGAACCAGGCCCAAGCAGAGGCCAAGAGCGCAGGAGGCCCGGACGGGAACCGGAAGCGCGCCAACCGCCAAAACCGCAACCGACAGAGGAGAGGAAGCAAGACGAAACGGAAGCGGGAGGGAGGAAGGGGAAGACACCACGGGCAAGCGGGACCACGGACGCGAACCGGGGACGAGAGCGAAGGAGGCAACCGAGAGGGGCGGGACCACGGACGCGAACCGGGGCGGGAGCCAAAGGGCGGGCAGGGGGGCGGGACCACGGACGCGAACCGGGGACGGGAGCCAAAACCAGAGCACAGGGAAGCGGGACCACGGACGCGAACCGGGGACGGGAGCGAAGCCAGGACAGAAGGAAGCGGGACCACGGACGCGAACGGACGGACGAGCCGGCAGAGAAGCGGGACAGGAGGGAACACGGAGGAAAGAAAGCAGGGCAGGAGGGAACAGGGCAGAAGCGAGGGACCGACGAGCAGACGCAAGGCGGCGAGAGCAGGCGACAAGGAGCGGACCGGCCGAAACGACGGCGGAAAAAGGGCGACGGCCCAACGACAGCCGAAAGCGCGCAAGGCGAGGGCAACACGAGGCGAAGCCGAGACGAAGGCCAAACAGACGGCAAGCAAGAGGAGCAGAGACACCACCAGAGAGGGAGAGGCAAGAAGAGCAAGAGACAGGCGGGCAGAAGCCAACACGGGCCCGAAAGAAGGGCGAAGGCAGGAAGGAGAGAAAGGGAGCAGGCGCGACACCCGAACCCCGCCAGACGCAAGCAAAGCAAGAAACAAGGGCCGAAACAGGCGCAAGCGCACGAGAGAAAACCAGAGCCGACCGGAAAGCCGAGCACGCGGGCGCCAACGCACGGGACCGGAGCGGGGCCCGCCGAACGGGCGCCAAAGGCGGCCCCACGAACAAAAGGGGAAGCACCGCGGCAGGACGAAGAAGGGACACGAAAAGGAGAGGGGCGGAGACGGACCCAAAAGCGGGGAGAAACGGGAGGGGGGGCCCACAAGGAGAAGCGCAAAAGCGAAGCCGGGGAAACGGCCCAAGACCGGACGAAACGAAGACCCCAAAAGGGAGCACAAACAGAGGCCGAAAACACCGCAAAGCAGCCACAAGAAGGAAAAGGGCAGCCCCGGGAGCACCAAGGGCGGGAAAAAACGAGACCCGGCAACCCAAACAGAGGAGACCACGACGAGCCGGGCGAAAAACGCGACAAGGAGCCCCAAGAAGGACGGAAAACGGACGGACGAGGAGCAAGAGCGCACAGGGCAAAAGGCAAGAACAAAACCAGCCGGAAAGCACACGGGCAGGGGCGAAAAGGAGGCGGACCGCAACGAAGCCGCCCCGCGCGGGCCGAGAGCACCGCGAGAGGCCCCGCGAAAGCGCGGGAAGGGGGCCGGGGGAAGCACGGAAGGGGGAGGCAAAAGGAAGGAGCAAGCGGGAGGGGAAGGGGAACAAAAAAAGGGACGAAGGCGGGGAAAGGCGGGAAAGGGCCAGAGGGCACGCCGCGGCCACGGGGCGGCACGGGGCGCGGCCACGGCACCGCCGCGGGAAAGGCGACAACCCGGCAAACGGAAAGGGCGAGGGGCGGACGCGGGCGAGGCGGAAAAAGACAAACCGGAGAGGGAAGCGGAGGGGAAAGGACAGGCGGACGCAACGGGGAAGGCGGAAGGGCCAGGGGGAGCGCGCGCGAGGAAAAGGGGGGCCCACAGCCAGGAGCGGGGGAACCAGAGGCCACAACGGCAGCGAAAGCGCGGGAAGGAACAAAGGGGCGGGCGAGACCAAAAGGAGCGGCCGAAGCGAACCGAGCGGCAGAAGGGGCAGCGGAGCACGGCGGCCAAGAAGGGGGACCAAAGGCGACCGAACAGGCAGGGCCAGCAAGGCAGAAAGGACGGGGGGCGCGACAGGAAGGCGCGAACGAGGGAAAGAAGGCGGAAGGGAAAAAAGGACCGGGAGGGGCAGGACAAGAGCCACGACGAAAAGAACGGGCGGCCGCGAAAGGAAGAGGCAAGAAGGACCGGAAGGCGCAAAGAAGGCGGGGAACGGGCCCGCAGCGCAGGCGCGAGCGCCCAGGGAGCCGCCGCAACGGGACGAGGGCGCCAACGGACCGGAACAACAGGAAGGGCGCGCGAGCGCAAGCGCCGCACAGCGCGGGCGAGAAGGGCAACGGGCGCCGCGACAAAGGGCAAAGGAGCAGCCAACGCGACGGCAGCAGACGGGAGCACAGGGGACGCAGCAGGAACAGACCGCCGCAGCAGCGAAACAGGAAACACGGGGGGAGGGCGGAAAAGACGGGAGGGAGGGCCAACGCAGAAGCAACCGCGCCAACGGGCCGGAGGAGCGCAAAGGGCCCAAGGGACCGGGGGCGAAGCGGGCCCCGCCGCCCAAACCGCAGCACGCCCGGCAGGGGCGACACACGGAGGAAGACCCGAGCACCAACAGAGAAGCGCAAAGGCCGGCGCCGCCGAGCCGCAGAACGCGGGGGCCGACGCGGAGCCGGCCGGAGCCGAGCCGGAAGCACCCGCACCGGAGCCAGGCCGCCGGAAGCAAAGCGGGACCACGCGGCCGAGGCGCGGGGACGCAAACCAACCAACGGGAGAGCGACAACGCCGACCAGAGAAGGCCGCGAAGGGGGCCAGCGGAAGACGAGAGGGGAGCGGGGGGAGACGCAAACGCGGCCAAAGGCAAAACGGGGCCCACGGACCCCCAAAAGCCAGAACACAAGCCCGCAACAGGGCCGCAAGAACCGGAAGCGGGCGCGCCGACGGACCAGCAGGCGGGGGGGGAAAGCGGGGCGAAGGGCAACACGGGGACCCAACGCAGCCGGGAAGGGCCGCCAGAAGCGAGAGGGGAACGGGGGGCCCCGAGCGGAGAGGAGGGAAACAGGCACACCAGGAAGACGAACCACCGCGCGAAGGAGAGACGGGCGAACCGCGCAGCACGGGAGGAAGGAGGGACAGGAAGGAAGGGGGCGGACGGGGCAAGCGAGCCACGAGGACCCAAAGCGGGCAACACCGCGGAAGGCCGAGGGAAGCCCACAACGAAGGCCAGAGGGAGACGCGCCCACGGCCACGCCGGAAGGGGGAAGCGCGGGAACGCGCCACCAGGCCGCAAAGGCGCGGCCGGACCGGCGGGCAGCACAAGCAACGGGAAACAAAGGCAGCAAGAGCGCGCCGCAGGCCACGCCACCAGAAGGGGGCCGCAGAGCACGAGACAGCGGCGCGGGGCCCGGAGGGAGAGAGGAGCGAGACGCAGGGCCCGCAGAAAGGAGCAACGGGAGCAAAGCCCCAACGCGCGGAACACAGAGGCGGCCGGCGAAGCGCAACACGCCAGCAGGAGCGAAGGGAGCCGGACCACCAGCACCCGCGAACACGCGAGCGCGAAGGGCCACCAAGGCCGCAGCCGCAAACGGACAACCACGGAGCCGGCAAGCAAGGAAGACGGAACGCCCAGAGGGGCCAAGACACGGCGAGAAGCGGAGAGAGCCAACCGAAGCAGGCGAGGGGCGAAGAACGGAAGGGCAGAGCCAAGGGGGCGCGCCGCAACAGAGAAGAAGGAGAGACGACCCAGACGCACGGCCGGGCGGCGCAAGGCGGCCGCGACCACAGGGCCGGGCCCGGAGGAGAGAGAAGAGAGAGGGCAGAGGCCGGCAGGAGCGCAAUGCCAACGACGCGGGCCGCGAAGGAAGGCCCGCGGCGCAGGAGGGACGGAAGACGCCGGGGAGCGGGAGAGAGCGCACAGCGACGCCAGACAAGGAGGGCCGCCAAAGCGGAAGGGCAAAAACGACCGCCGCCAACGCGAAGGCAGGGGGGGGGAGGGGCGCGCAGGAACGGAAGCGCCCGGACGCAGAAGCAAGAACCCGGCCCGGCGGCAGCAAGACACACCCAAACCAACGCCGGAGGCGGCACAAGAACCGGGAAGCCCGCGCCCGCAACGGGAAGAG